GGGAAAACACAGCGCCCGACAGGGACAACAAAGCGCUGUGUUCGUUAUCCUGCAGCUGCAACGCGGAGGAGUUGGAGGAAUUCCGCAAUGUGCGUAGGGUAUGCCAGCCAUAUGGUGGUUCCUUCGUCGGGGUGGUGGUAUUACUUACGGUGGUGGCACAAGCCACCAUAAGUUUAGUUUCCUGUUUUCAGUCUUCAACUGCAUAGCGUCCAGGACACACUUCUAGUCAGAGGAACAAAUCACAGCUGGAUUGCAAAGAUGAUUCCCCAAACUGAGAACUCAGACUCCAUUGAGGAGACUCUGCUGGAAGAAUGCCAGUUCUUCGAGGAUUGCGGAGAAAGCUCAUGUAAUCGGGCGGAAACAGCCAUGGAGGUCUAUCACAGAAUCCUGCAACGCCUAAGCACCCAUCCACAAGAUUACUCCGCAAAGACGAAUGAAAGCGAUUUGAUGAAACAAAUCUGGAUUGCCAGUUUCACGGGAGGCCCCAUACAAUAUCGUUGCUAGUUAUAUAGGUUCCAAUUCUUGUUUUGUGAUAAAUGAAUAAAAUUAUUUAAAGGAAAA